AGCGCGCAAACUUCUAAGCAAACAGUCGCCAGUGCGGGCUGCUCGAAAACCUCAAAACAAAUAUCAAAAGCCAGAGAAACAGCGACACAAAUCGAAGCCGAAACACUCGAGACACAAGACACACGCGGCGUAUGCGUAAUUACAGUCCAUCAACAGCUGGCCAGUUGCCCACAGAGGAGCCACCACCUAUCCUUCAGUGACCCACUUCGAGGUCCGGCUCUAAAGUUCAAUCCUCGUUUAAGUGCCUUCUUUGUGUGUCAAUAAACUCGCGUGCCCAGUGUCCACUCCCUCAAACCAGCCCCCCAGGUCAACAGAGCCCACUCCCAACAGCUCCGGUCUGGAGGUAUUUCUCCAUCCAGCUGAUCGGCACCCACGUCCAUCCAAGUCCACUGACGCCUCCUGGCGACAUUUAUCGGUCGGCCUUUUGCUGCUGCUGCUGCCGUUUUGUUUGUUUUAUGCCAAAUCGCGUGACUCACCCGAGAGACUGGGUCUGAGUCUGAGUCUAAGUCUGAGCCGGGUCUGCCGUAACGAAACACUUUGAGCCCAGCUCAGUCGCGUCAUCACCACCUUGGCCAGAGCCCACACACGAAUAUCGCAGCGAUCGCAUCGAAUUCAACUGGCUGGCGUCGAAUUGAAUAUACUCCAUUUGGCGAUGGCGUCAGAAGGUUCCGGAGAGAUGAAGACUUCAAGGUUGGCGCAAAUGCAGAUGCGUUUUCAGCAGCGGACUCAGCUGGAGCAGGAGGUCCGUCGGCGGGAGCUAUUGGGCACCAAGACAAAAGCCGAAAGUCUGGCCACAGGGGCGCCAAGUGCCGCCACCACCAGGCUGAUUGGCAAUGGGAAAGUGCGUCAGAUGUUCGAUGAGCGACGUCGAGGAGCUGGCAUUGAUCGCAGUAAUCCCCUUAAGCCGAUCGGUACUCUUCCGUCGCCUCCCGCCCAAGCAAAAACCCGCUCACAGCCACCGACACAACGGCUCAUUAAGGGAAUAUCUGAGAUGAACCUAAGGGAUCAACCCAAUGACAGCAAGCGCAUUACUAGCGAUAGCAAUAACAAUAAGUAUGCCACUGUUCGGACUGUGAACCGAAACCUAAAGCCAGUGGUUACCCGGAAGACACCGCCUGCCCAGGAGGCGACGCUUCCCCAGCGAUCCGUAUCCUCGCCGCAACGCAGCCCCAAAAUGCAGAAAUCAAAUCGGUUAACUGGUGGUGCUAUCUCGCAAGCCAGUCGACAGUCUCCGCCAGUGGUUCGACGGGCGGAGACUAAGUCCGCUGUUAAAAAGGUCAACAUGGAGACCCCGUCGAAAGCCCCAGAUGGCACCGCCCUAUGCCGGCACUGUGGACGUCAUUUUAACACAGAUCGACUAGAGAAGCACGAAGCGGUGUGCCAACGCAUGAUGAACACCAAACGCAAGAUCUUCGAUGCCUCCAAGCAGCGGGUCGAGGGCACCGAAGCCGAAAAGUACAACAAAAAAGGAAAGGGAAAUCGCACCCGAACCACGUACACUAGUGCUGCCCAGCAGAAGGGCCUGACCACCGGGGUGAAAAAGAACAACUGGCGCAAGAAGCACGAGGAGUUCAUUCAGUCGAUACGGGCCGCUAAGCAGGUUCAACAGCACUUGGCACGUGGCGGUAAACUGAGCGACCUGCCACCUCCGCCGCCUUCAGAGAAUCCCGACUACAUCCAGUGCCCACACUGUCAACGAAGAUUCAACCAACAGGCCGCCGAGCGACAUAUUCCCAAGUGCGCCGACAUGUUACACAACAAGCCCAAGAAUGGUCCCCCGCCAAAGAGGCGUUGAUGGUUAUUAGGAAUCGGUAAUAGCUGAUCUGUGGUUGAUAACAGUGAGCAUUCCCAUACUUUUACUUGUGAUAAAGAAAUUUGAUGAUUGGAACGAA